UCCUGCCUGAGUCUAAAGGAUCACGUAGAGCGCUUGGACUGUAGGCUGAGAUUUAGAGGGGGUGGAGAGGAGAAGGGGGUGUUAUAAAGUACGGGCCAGAGCCUGGGGCUCACACUCCGCUGGGACUGGGCACAGAGAUUCUUCACUUGAUGUGGAGAGGUGCUGGACUGAAUCUGCUCUGAUUAACACACAGGGAGGGAGAUUUGCACUUUAUUCACCAUGAAGUUCCUUGUCUUGCUGCUCCUGGGACUACUUUCCUUAUGUUCUGCACACACAGACUUCUUCACAUCAAUUGGGCACAUGACAGACUUGUUAAACACAGAGAAAGACCUUGUAACAUCACUGAAGGAUUAUAUUAUGGCAGAAGAGCUAAAACUGACAAAAAUCAAGCAAUGGGCAGAGAAAUUGGAUCAAGUGACCGAAACCGCUACAAAAGAUCCAGAGGGGUUCUUGGGACACCCUGUCAAUGCUUUUAAGCUCAUGAAGCGACUCAACACAGAGUGGUUGGAACUAGAAAACCUGGUUCUUAAGGACAUGUCUGAUGGAUUCAUUUCCAAUUUGACUAUCCAGCGACAGUAUUUCCCUAAUGAUGAAGACCAGACGGGUGCAGCUAAAGCCUUGCUUCGUUUGCAGGACACCUACAACCUCACCCCAGACACGUUCUCAAGUGGUAACCUUCCAGGUGUAAAGCAAAAAGCCUCAUUAACAGCCGAAGACUGUUUUGAUUUGGGUAAAGUUGCCUACACGGAUGCAGAUUAUUACCAUACUGAGCUAUGGAUGGAGCAGGCUCUGAAGCAGCUGGAUGAUGGAGAAGAAUCUUCUAUUGACAAAGUCUUGGUUCUAGAUUACCUUAGCUAUGCAGUAUAUCAACAAGGGGACCUGGACAAAGCUCUCAUGCUGACAAAGAGACUCUUAUUUUUAGAUCCUGAACAUCAAAGAGGAAAUGGGAAUUUAAAAUACUUUGAAUACAUUAUGGCAAAGGAAGGAAACAAAACCGGUGUUUCUGAUGGAGCUGAAACCAAGGCCAGAAAGGGCCGGCCCCGAGAUCACUUACCAGAGAGGCAAAAAUAUGAGAUGUUGUGCCGUGGGGAAGGUGUAAAAAUGACUCCUCGCAGACAAAAGAGACUUUUCUGUCGUUACUUUGAUGGGAAUAGGAGCCCUACUUUCGUUUUGUCUCCUACAAAGCAAGAGGACGAAUGGGACAAGCCCCGUAUUGUGCGUUACCAUGACAUUAUUUCUGAUGACGAGAUUGCAAAAGUUCAAGCAAUUGCAAAGCCAAGACUGAGGCGAGCCACCAUUUCAAACCCUAUAACAGGAGUCCUGGAGACUGCACACUACAGAAUUAGCAAAAGAAGGGCUACAGUGCAUGAUCCUGUGACAGGACAAUUGACCACAGCACAAUACAGAGUCUCUAAGAGUGCUUGGCUGUCUGGUUAUGAAGACCCUGUGAUAGAAACAAUCAACCGGAGAAUACAAGAUCUUACAGGGCUUGAUGUGUCUACAGCUGAGGAACUUCAAGUGGCCAACUAUGGUGUUGGAGGCCAGUAUGAGCCCCAUUUUGAUUUUGGCAGGAAAGAUGAACCUGAUGCUUUUAAAGAGCUUGGUACAGGCAACAGAAUUGCUACCUGGUUAUUUUAUAUGAGUGAUGUGGAAGCAGGUGGUGCUACAGUGUUUCCAGAAGUUGGAGCUGCUGUCUAUCCGAAAAAGGGUACUGCAGUAUUCUGGUAUAAUCUUUUUGAAAGCGGUGAAGGAGACUAUAGCACAAGGCAUGCAGCCUGUCCAGUCUUAGUUGGAAAUAAAUGGGUUUCAAAUAAAUGGAUCCAUGAGCGAGGUCAGGAAUUCCGAAGGCCGUGUAAAUUGUCUGAAUUGGAAUGAAUGAAUCUCUCCUAUGUUCAUUGGAAAAAAAAAAAAACACAUCUCAACCACAUAGACUGUAUUUAAUCCAGUUUACUGCCAAUCAAUGCAGUAAAUUAGUUCCAAAAAAAAAUCGAGAAGAGGUCGACCCUUUAAAAAAUCUGUGUUGAAGAAUCCGGAAUAGUAUGAUUUUAAAACAGAUGCCUGUUUUUCCAAGUGGGCAUUACAAAUAAAACAUGGUAUUUCCCCCCUCCUUCCCCACCCCAUUUUUCCCCAUCUAAGCCUUUUUAAAAAAACAGGUAUCCAGACAGAUGACUGUUCUAUCAAGGUUUUCUAAAAGUAAUGUGCACAUUGGAUAUUAUGAACUUACGUGACAAUCUCCUGUUGUGAAACUUGUAGUUAUUCUCCUGGCUCAGUUUGGUGCUUUUUCUUUCCUUCAAGAUUUGUGUGAGCUUUGCCUCUAUAGACUGCAUGAAAAUGGUUUUAGGGUAUUGGUAAAAUCUUCAUGGCAGGUACUGCAAUAUAAUAUGAAGUGAUUUUUACAGUAAUUAUUUUGAAUCUUCA